AUGGCUCCAUCCCCUAUAAUUUCCAGCCCAAAGACCUUAUACGAUAAAGUCUUUGAAGACCAUAUAGUCUAUAAAGAUGAAUCGGGGUCAAAUUUAUUAUAUAUUGAUAGACAUUUAGUUCAUGAAGUUACUUCUCCACAAGCAUUUGAAGGUUUAAAAAACGCUGGUCGUACAGUUAGAAGAACCGAUUGUACUUUAGCUACUGUUGAUCAUAAUAUUCCAACUAUUUCAAGAGCAAAUUUUAAAGAUGUUGAUACUUUUAUUCAACAAGAUGAUUCAAGAUUACAAGUUAAAACUUUAGAACAAAAUGUUAAAGAUUUUGAUGUUACAUAUUUCGGUAUGAGUGACGAUAGACAAGGUAUUGUUCAUGUCGUUGGUCCUGAGCAAGGUUUUACUUUACCAGGUACUACUGUUGUUUGUGGUGAUUCCCAUACUUCUACCCAUGGUGCCUUUGGUGCUUUGGCCUUUGGUAUUGGUACUUCUGAAGUUGAACAUGUUUUAGCUACUCAAACUAUUAUUCAAGCUAAAUCUAAAAACAUGAGAAUAACAAUUGAUGGUGAAUUAUCUGAAGGUAUCACUUCUAAAGAUUUAGUCUUACAUGUAAUUGGUGUUAUUGGUACUGCUGGUGGUACUGGUUGUGUCAUUGAAUUUGCUGGUAAAGCAAUUGAAGAUUUAUCUAUGGAAGCAAGAAUGUCUAUUUGUAAUAUGGCCAUUGAAGCUGGUGCAAGAGCCGGUAUGAUUAAACCUGAUCAAAUUACUUUUGAUUACAUAAAGGGAAGACCAUUGGCUCCAAAGGGCGCAGAAUGGGAAAAAGCUAUGGCUUAUUGGAAAACUUUACAUACUGAUGAAGGUGCUAAAUUUGAUUAUGAUAUUAAAAUUGCUGCAUCUGAUAUUGUUCCAACUAUUACUUGGGGUAACUCUCCUCAAGAUGCUUUACCAAUCACAGCUAAAGUUCCUGAUCCAGCUAAUGUUACUGAUCCAAUUAAAAAAUCCGGUAUGGAAAGAGCUUUGAAAUAUCAAGGCUUAACUCCAAACACACCAUUCAAAGACAUUAAAAUUGAUAAAGCUUUUAUUGGCUCUUGUACCAACUCUCGUAUUGAGGAUUUAAGAGCUGCUGCUGCAGUUGCCAAAGGUCACAAAAAGGCUGACAAUGUUAAAUUGGUUUUAGUUGUUCCAGGUUCUGGUUUAAUUAAAAAGCAAGCUGAAAAGGAAGGUUUAGAUAAGAUUUUCGAAGCUGCCGGAUUCACUUGGAGAGAAGCUGGUUGUUCUAUGUGUCUUGGUAUGAAUCCAGAUAUUUUAGAUCCUGAAGACAGAUGUGCUUCUACUUCUAAUAGAAAUUUCGAAGGUCGUCAAGGUGCUCUUUCAAGAACUCAUUUGAUGUCUCCUGCUAUGGCUGCUGCUGCUGCCAUUAAAGGUCAUUUCACCGAUAUUAGAGAAUUUGAUUACAUCAACAAUGACCAACCUUCAAUUAGUAUUGAACAAGAAAUUGAAGAUAAAGAAUUACAAGAUGCUGUUUAUGAACAUGAAAAGGAAUUUAUUGAAAGUACUCCAGGUACUGAAGCUGAAAGAACCAACGAUAUUCCAAAAGAUGAACCAGAAUUCAAGAAAUCUAAAACUGAAGCACAUGCUGCUGGUACUGAUAACAGUUUUACUGUAUUAACUGGUAUCACUGCUUCACUUUAUAAAGCUAAUAUUGAUACUGAUGCCAUUAUUCCAAAACAAUUUUUGAAAACUAUUAAAAGAACUGGUUUAAAGAAUGGUUUAUUUUAUGAAUCUAGAUUUGUUAAAGAUAAAAAUGGUAAAGAUGUUGAAACUGAUUUUGUUUUAAAUGUUGAACCAUAUAGAAAAGCAGAAAUUUUAUUAGUCACUGGUGAUAACUUUGGAUGUGGAUCAAGUCGUGAACAUGCACCAUGGGCAUUAAAAGAUUUUGGUAUUAAAAGUAUAAUUGCUCCUUCAUUUGGUGAUAUUUUCUAUAACAAUUCAUUCAAGAAUUUCUUAUUACCAAUUAGAAUUCCUCAAGAUGUUAUUGAAAGCAAAUUAGUUCCAGUUGUUAAAGCAGGUCAUAAAUUAACCAUUGAUUUACCAAGUCAACAAAUUAAAGAUGGUGAAACUGGUGAAGUUUUAAUUGAAAACUUUGAAGUUGAAGAAUUUAGAAAACAUUGUUUGGUUAAUGGUUUGGAUGAUAUUGGUUUAACUUUACAAAAAGAAGAAUAUAUUUCUAAAUAUGAAGCCAUGAGAAAAGAUAGAUUUUCAUUCUUGGAAGGUGGUUCUAAAUUAAUCAAACCUAUUAAAGGUACAAAAAAGAGUAUCUAUGGUAACAAAGCUCAAGAAUGGUAA